UCAUAUCGUCACCUUGCUCAAAUGGAAUCCGAAAUCACCGACGAAAAGGACCACUUCCACGAAGACGUUUCCUUUCACGGUGCCCUCACCGUCGACCAAUCGGAUCCUUCUACCUUCGGCGAAUCAUCCACUCUCCGCCACCGGUUCUUCUCCCACCGGGGAAGCUCCCCCAAUGAACUCGGAGAUUCCCUUAUAGAAACCGACUCAAAAACAAGUUCUAAAACAUACAAAUUCCACCGCGAUUUGAACCCAAAUGACGAUAUUCCCGAGAUAACCGAUUCAACAACCCACGUCGAACAGACUGUCACCACGGAGAAAAACGAUGAAUUGGUCACCCAGGGUCGUAACUCCGCCGACUCGGGGACUGAACUUAAUGACUCAUUAUAUUCUUCGUUAACUUUACUAAUGUUUAUAUCCCGUUUAACGAUGGAAUCGAUUGGGUUUCUGUUAAAAUUGAUAAUAAGAUCUAUUACGCUACCCAUAACAGCGUUGAGUUAUCUCAUCAUUUUAGUGAUCGAUCCUUUUAGACCAUUGAGACAAAUCACAUCUUAUGUGGUCUCAAAGUUGAUCGAAUUGUGGGUCAAUUCACCGUGCGGUCGACUCGUUCUCGGAUUCGGGUGGGGAAUCUUGUGGGCUGCAUAUUUAGCCUUUGUUCUAUGUGGGUGUGUGUUUACUUCGCUUGUGAUUAGUGGGAUUCUGAUGAGGUAUUUGGUGGAGCGACCUUUUGUGGUAAAGGAAACCUUGAAUUUUGAGUAUACUAAGAAUAGUCCAGUUGCCUUUGUUCCCAUCGUUUCUUGUGCUGCUGUUGAGAAGAAGAAGAAGAUUGAUGUGGGGAUGAAUUUGGGGUCUCGGAUUAUACCGCCUUUUCAUGAAUUGCAGGUCACUGUUUCUUUGACAUUGCCGGAGUCUGAUUACAAUAGGAAUCUGGGGAUGUUCCAGGCAAGGACAGAUUUUCUUUCUGUAAAUGGUGAAACACUUGCCAGUUCAAGUUAUCCAUGCAUGAUGAGAUUCAGAAGCGUACCUAUCCGCCUUCUGUUGACAUUGUUCAAGGCUGCACCUGUAGUCGCCGGCUUUGUUUCUGAAAUCCAGACCCUGAAUGUGAAGAUCAGAGGUUUGAACAAAGGCCCUGUGCCCACCGCUUGCUUAAAGGUAGUACUCGAACAACAAGCAGCACACGGGCAGGGCGCCGGUAUUCCCGAGCUAUAUGGUGCAUCCCUCACCCUUGAAUCCAAACUUCCUUUCAUCAAAAGAAUUAUAUGGUAUUGGAAGAAAACUGUAUUCAUAUGGGUUAGCAUCGCGUCGUUCGCGACGGAAUUAUUGUUUAUUUCGGUCUGUUGUAGAAGUAUUCUUCUCCCGCGAAUGAGGAAAACAGACGGUUAUGCCGGUAGGCACCGGUGACAAGUA